GCCAGCCUCUCUCUCCACCCCACCCCCUCUUUCUGGCGUCCAUCCCCUCCCCAACUCCACCUCUGCUGCUGCCUCUGGCUGUGGACCUGCACCUCUUCCCCAUCCCCGACAGGCCUGGGGAUCGAGGUGAGCCUGGAUGAGAGCUCCCACAACCUGGGGCUCUCCCAGGCCAUGGCCCGAGUGCUCCCAGGGAGGAGCCCCAGACCCUGAGCAUCUGCUGGAGGCUUGGCAGAGGCCCCGCGGGGACCGUGUCUUCUGAGGACAAAAGGCGGCGGCCAGCGGGCAGACAGGGAGGGGGAAGGGGGGACCGGCAGCCAGGUGGGCAGACGGGUAGCAGGGGCCAGUGCUGGCCCCCCUCCCAGCUUGGCGGUGGCGUGAAGAUGGGGGUGGGAGUGUGUAGUUGGGGAAGCACCUGCCUGGACCCCCACCUGCCAGCUAGCUGGGCACCCCAAGGCUGUGUGCUGCCCACCUGGUGUUCCCCAACACCCCCAGCCCUGCCCAGUGCACUCCUUCAGUGCCUGCUUCCCCUGAUGUCUGCGAUUUAGACCAGCCCGGCUGUAUCCACGGCAACAGAAGCAGGAAUGUCACUGGCUGCCAGCUCAUGGAGGGUCCCACAAUGUGGCCUGGGCUGUGAUUUAUCCUGAGUGAGACAGCUUGAGCCCCCUCCCUCGAUUCCAAGACAGCCCUGCUGAGAGAGCCAAGUCUCUUCUCACUCUUUCUCAUCCCCUCCAUUUCUGUCUCAAUUUGUGUCCAUUUUCUAUCUCUUUGUUCUCUCCUUUCUCACUCUCUCUGUGCCCCUGUGUGUGUUUUCUCUCUGUCUCUUUCCUGCCCUCAUAUCUCUGUCUCUCUGUGUCUGUGUCCUCAUUUGCAGGUGCAGCCCAGCAGGACAACUGAUGGAGUCCCCCGGGGCCCAUCGAGCACCGGACUGGCUGACCCCAUAGGGUUGGGAGCAGCCCCUGCCCCUCAGUAUGGCCAACACCACUGGAGAGCCCGAGGAGGUGAGCGGCGCACUGUCUCCACCAUCAGCAUCGGCUUACGUGAAGCUGGUGCUGCUGGGACUGAUCAUGUGCGUGAGCCUGGCGGGCAAUGCCAUCUUGUCCCUGCUGGUGCUCAAGGAGCGUGCCCUGCACAAGGCUCCUUACUACUUUCUGUUGGACCUGUGCCUGGCUGAUGGCAUACGCUCUGCCGUCUGCUUCCCCUUUGUGCUGGCUUCUGUGCGCCACGGCUCCUCAUGGACCUUCAGUGCGCUCAGCUGCAAGAUUGUGGCCUUUAUGGCUGUGCUCUUUUGCUUCCAUGCGGCCUUCAUGCUGUUCUGCAUCAGCGUCACACGCUACAUGGCCAUCGCCCACCACCGCUUCUACGCCAAGCGCAUGACACUCUGGACAUGCACAGCUGUCAUCUGCAUGGCCUGGACCCUGUCUGUGGCCAUGGCCUUCCCACCUGUCUUCGACGUGGGCACCUACAAGUUCAUCCGUGAGGAGGACCAGUGCAUCUUUGAGCAUCGCUACUUCAAGGCCAAUGACACGCUGGGCUUCAUGCUUAUGUUGGCUGUGCUCAUGGCAGCCACACAUGCUGUCUAUGGCAAGCUGCUCCUCUUCGAGUAUCGUCACCGCAAGAUGAAGCCCGUGCAGAUGGUGCCAGCCAUCAGCCAGAACUGGACAUUCCAUGGUCCUGGGGCCACCGGCCAGGCUGCUGCCAACUGGAUCGCUGGCUUUGGCCGUGGGCCCAUGCCACCAACCCUGCUGGGUAUCCGGCAGAAUGGGCAUGCAGCCAGCCGGCGGCUGCUGGGCAUGGACGAGGUCAAGGGUGAAAAGCAGCUGGGCCGUAUGUUCUACGCAAUCACACUGCUCUUCCUGCUACUCUGGUCACCCUACAUUGUGGCCUGCUACUGGCGAGUGUUUGUGAAAGCCUGUGCCGUGCCCCACCGUUACCUGGCCACCGCUGUUUGGAUGAGCUUCGCCCAGGCUGCCGUCAACCCGAUCGUCUGCUUCCUGCUCAACAAGGACCUCAAGAAGUGCCUGAGGACUCAUGCCCCCUGCUGGGGCACAGGAGAUGCCCCGGCGCCUAGAGAACCCUACUGUGUCAUGUGAAGCAGGCUGGUAGGCAGACAGGCAGGGAGAAAGUCAGGGCCACCAUGAUGGGGCCAACAGAAGGGGAGAGGUGGGGCUCCAUAACAGGAGCCUUUCUUUCUGAGCUCCAGCCCCAGCCCCUCGAACCACCUGGAAUCUAGGUACCUUUGUCAGCACCUCCCCAGGGUUGGGGACUGGGUGGGGGACUAGGAAAGAGGCAUUUCUAGUUCUGUGGGGCCCGUCUCCGCCACCUCCUUCUCCACUUCUACAAUCUCUCUCUCUCUCUCUCUCUCUCUCACUCUCUCUCUCUCUCUCUCUCUCUCUCUCUCUCUCUCUCUCUCUCACACACACACACACACACACACAGAAGUGACAAUUCAGAAAAAAAACUGAAAAUGCAGGUUUUUCUACUCACAGCUGAGGAGACAGGCUUUCUUGCUUUAAUGUCUCUCCUCUGACAUUGUCCAGAAGGGGGAAAUUUGUCCUGUAAAAUAGACUUCCAGAGUCCUUAUUGUCCCCUCUGCUCCCACGUACCCUCCCCUUCCAAGUCCUUUAGCAAGGCCUGGAUGUUUAGAGAGAAAUUGAUCUGCUGACAAGAGGGACCGAAGGGGCUGCUGGGUUCCCAGGGAGCAAGGAAUGUUUAAUUGCUAUGUUGUGUGCAAUGUUGUUUUAGGCUAACCCUGGUCCCAAGCCCGGUCUUUUCUCCAUCCCCGCCAUGUCCAGACCUCCCAAGUGUUUCUUGAGCAUCUGUUUGAGAAGCCAGGAGGGGAGGGAGAAGGGCUUCUGGGAUGGGCCCAGGUUAGGUGAAGAGCAGGAUGUGAGUACACGCCUUGAGCUGAAGAGACCCCAGCUUGGCUGCAUUCUCUCAAGCUGCCAACUGGAUCCCCGUGCCCCAACUCUUCUUCUUGAGGAUGGAAAUCCACUCCAACCCCACCGGGGUUGAUGUGGGUGCCAUACAGGCAGGAGCAACCCCCCACCCCAUGGAAGUGUAGGGAGAAAGUCAAACUCUCCAGAAUGGCUGGAUCCCAAAGGCUGGGGUCAGAGUGGAAUGCAACCCCAGAAUUGUCUCCUGAGUUCAUGAUACUCUCCUGAAGAUGAAAAUUCUUUGAGGGACUUGGUAAGUCAUAGUGGUAUAAACUCCAGGGCACUGUGGACUUGAGUCCAUUCCUCUCUGACCUCUUUUUGUCCCCCUCAAGCCUCAGGAGCCUCAAGCCCCUCUGUGGUAACCCUUGGCCUUCUGGGCCCUCAGCCCCCAACUUCCUUGCACUGAACAACCCUUCCCCUCUUCCUCCCUCCACCAUUACUUCCACCCCAAGUGGAGCAGACUGCAGCCAGAAUCCCCAGGUGGGAGAUCCCAAGCCUCCUUCCCAGGGCAGAGUCCACUCUGGGCUCCCAUCAAGUCUCAUGGACUGGUGAGCCAAACUGGCAUUCUUUGCCUGGUCUUGCCCAAGUUCUCUGUCCCCCUCUCAUCUCCUGGAAGAGCAGGAGAUCUGUAUUUAUCCACCUCCUUUCCCUUCCCUACAGAAGCCCUUGUCCUACACUCCCUCCCUACUCCAAGACAGCUCCAGAACUGGGCAAACCUUGACCCAAGAGGGAUGGAGAAGGCACUCUAGGCAGGAGAGACACUAAUGAGCCUGGCUAUGGAGUGGCCUUGGAAAGGCAGGCCAGAGUGGCUGAGAGGCUGGGGGUGGGGGGUACCUGUUCUCUCAGUGAUAGU